GAGGGGCAUCAGAAGAUACAACUUGUUGGCAAAUUAUUUCCCCUGAGUGAACUCUGGUGGGAGUGUAUGUUGAUGACGUGGCUCGCUGACAAAUUCCGCUGCCUAUGAAAAAUUGACUUUGUGCAGUAGAGUACAUCACGCUGUAAAUGUCGCUAGUUACAUCAACACAGAGCAUGACACCAAUUUGAAAUGACUGCAGGAUGUUUUCUAAACAUGUGAACAUACAGCUAUGUUUUCUUCACGUAAUCAAUUAUGAAGGCAGGUGCAAUUUAUACAGGCAGAGAAGAAGCUAAGUAAUGUAAGAACUGAAAAUACAAGCUCGUCAUCAGACAUGGAGCUCUUUAUUCUAGAGGGAGAAAUAGUUACUUGGAGACAAAAUUGCCAAACAACUUUGUUUUACUUCCAGAGCAUUAACUUUAACAAAGUUUAAUCUCUGGCAACCAGAAGAAUAGGAGUUAAGGCCUGCACACCAGGGCAGAAUUAAGAUGCCUCAAACUCCAAGCCUGCUUUUUGGGCUGGCAAUAGCCACUGGGAAAUGUGCGGGUGUUCCUGCUGUAUUUACUGCGUCACCUGUUCUUUUAAUAAGUGGAAGGAGGAAGUUGCCAGGUUGCGUACAGAAAUACAUUCCUGCUGGAAGCCAGCUGGUGGAAAGCCACCUUUGGGUGGGGAAACAUGAGUUUGCCUGGCCAUGUGGAAGAGAGGACCAGGAGUCUUGUUUUAGAGCUGCAGAUUGUAGGUCAUGUCCUCAGUGCAGCAAAGGAUUUUUGUCUUUUUUUUUUUUUUUACCAUGGAAAUUGCCAGCUGGGAUGCUGAAGCCACGAUGGUGCUGGGCCUGGGAAAUGCGCCACAGACUCCCAGGAGGGAAGCGUGACCCAGCCAAAGGCUGGAUGCUACUGGAACAGCUCACACAGGAUUUGUCAGAGGGCCAAGGAAAUGUGUGUCAGGCGUCGGUCAUUUUUGCACUGUCCCAGGUCUUCCACCCCUGGGAAGAGCUGACAUGACUGGUCUUCGCCCUAAGUUAUGUUCUGCUUAGGGCUGUGGUGUUGGAUUUAUGGCAUUUGGACUACACUUGUUUUCCAAAAGUCUUGUCUGGAAGUGCCCGGGGACCAGUCUGCACUGCUGGUGAUGCCUGGCUGGCUGAGUCUCCCCCAGGAGGGGAAAGCUGCGGUGGCUAUGUUGAGCUCCAGUGGGCACCACGGUGUUGGCAGCAGCAUGAUAGGUAUCCUGCUGCUCUGCAAACCACCCCGCACUCCUCGCUCUGCUGCCUUCGGAGCCCGCACGGCACGGAGAAUCUCGGUUGAGCGUCCUCUGCCCUCCCCCCCGAGCCAGUCCUGAGGCAGCCCCGAUCCUCGCACACCCGAGCGCAGACGCGCCUCUGCCCCCGCGGCCGCCCCGUCGCGGCGCAGUGCCGGUGCUCGCCGGAGGCGAGAGGCAGCCGGCAGGGCGGAGGCAGACGGCGGGCGGAGCAGCUCCUCCGCUGGUCGCGGAGCUAAAAGAGCAGCGCGGAGCGGAGCGCAGCGGAAACCAUGGGAAACCGUGUCACCCGCGAGGACUUCGAGUGGGUCUACACGGAACAGCCCCACACGCAGCGCAGGAAGGAGAUAUUGGCAAAGUAUCCAGAAAUCAAGACUCUCAUGGGACCAGAUCCACACUUAAAGUGGAUUGUAUCUGGAAUGGUUUUCCUGCAGUUUCUAGCAUGCUACCUGGUAAAAGACUUAUCUUGGAAAUGGAUUUUUUUCUGGGCUUAUGCUUUUGGGGGUUGCAUCAACCACUCACUGACCCUAGCCAUCCAUGAUAUUUCGCACAACGUCGCCUUUGGGAAUAAGCAGACCAAAUGGAACCGAUGGUUUGCAAUCUUUGCCAACUUGCCUAUUGGCAUCCCUUAUUCUGCUUCCUUCAAGAAAUACCACAUCGACCAUCAUCGGUAUCUUGGUGGGGACAGCCUGGAUGUGGACAUUCCCACAGACUUUGAAGGAUGGUUUUUCUGUACGCCGCUUCGGAAACUGCUUUGGCUUUUCUUCCAGCCUCUGUUCUACAGUCUGAGACCACUGUAUGUGAACCCCAAAGCAAUUACACAGAUGGAAAUUUUUAAUGCUCUUGCCCAGUUUUCCAUAGACCUUAUAAUUUAUUACCUUUGGGGGCUCAAACCUAUUAUUUAUUUAAUAGCAGGUUCAAUUCUUUGCAUGGGUUUACAUCCCAUUUCUGGACACUUCAUAGCUGAACACUACAUGUUCUUAAAAGGGUAUGAGACAUACUCUUAUUAUGGACCUCUGAACUGGCUCACCUUUAAUGUAGGCUACCACAUGGAGCAUCAUGACUUCCCCAGCAUUCCCGGAUGCAGAUUGCCAAUGGUGAAGAAGAUUGCAGCAGAAUAUUAUGAUAACCUUCCACAUCACCAGUCCUGGAUUCGGGUUCUGUGGGACUUCGUUUUUGAUGACACAAUUGGUCCUUAUUCAAGGGUUAAGAGACUGUGCAAGCUGGCAAAAGAAAGCUAACAGACUAGCUCUGCCAGCUGCAUUGGUGU